GUCUGUAAAAGUUUGUACCAUACUGAAUCCCCUCUCCGCUUAUAUUCUCCAGUUUCUUCCGUCUUUAUUGUUCUCUCAAACUCAUCCGAAGGUUUUUUCUUCAAGAAAAGUGAGGAUCAAAGAUCAAUCUCUUCUCUAAGGUUUCCCGAUGGCGUCGAAGCGGAUCUUGAAGGAAUUGAAGGAUUUGCAGAAGGAUCCUCCUACAUCAUGCAGCGCUGGUCCUGUUGCUGAAGACAUGUUCCAUUGGCAGGCAACAAUUAUGGGUCCUGCAGACAGUCCUUAUGCUGGGGGUGUUUUUCUGGUCACUAUUCAUUUUCCUCCAGAUUAUCCAUUUAAGCCUCCCAAGGUGGCAUUCAGAACAAAGGUGUUCCACCCAAAUAUAAACAGCAAUGGGAGCAUUUGCUUGGACAUUUUGAAGGAGCAGUGGAGUCCUGCACUAACAAUUUCUAAGGUGUUGUUGUCAAUCUGUUCAUUACUCACAGAUCCAAAUCCUGAUGAUCCAUUAGUGCCGGAGAUUGCUCAUAUGUACAAGACAGAUAGGAACAAAUAUGAGACAACUGCAAGGAGCUGGACCCAGAAGUAUGCCAUGGGCUAAAUGAGCUUUUGGUGUGUGUUAGGGAAGCCCCUUCCUUUUCUUAUAUUUUAGUUAUUCCGUUCUAUGUAUUAAAUACAUUCUGUCUCGUCAAUCCUAAAAUGGACUAAAGAGGUCCAUAACUUACCCAUUAGUUAAAAGGAGAAACAGAUAUCUUCAUUCUGUUGUGUGUUGAUAAUGAUAAUUCGAAACAUCAACUUAUAUCAUUUAUAAAGUCUCGCUGUUCCUCCCCAAUCAAUGCCAGAAUGUGUU